AUGAGUCCUGAUACUGAGAAAACCCACCAUGUUGUGGAUGAACAGGAUGUGGGGUCUAUUUCUUCCAUCAAGGCAGUCAACGUGAUUCUGGAAAACACUAAAGAGUUGCUUGAGGAAGAGCGCCAGUUGGGCGUUAUUGAUGCUAUGAAGCAGUAUCCAAAGGCUAUGUUCUGGUCUGUCUUCUUCAGUGUGGCAGUUAUUAUGACUGGUUACGAUGCUCAGUUAGUGACAUCGUUUUAUGCUAUGCCUUCUUUUAUCGCAAAGUACGGGCAGUAUUAUAAUGGUAAUAAGGAGAUUUCAGCUGCCUGGCAGAGUGGUCUUGGAAUGGGCAACCCUAUUGGACAGUUACUGGGAUCUCUUGUAGUUGCUUGGCCUAGUGAAAAAUGGGGUAGAAAAAGGGUAUUGAUUGUUUGCAAUUUGCUUAUUGCUGCCUUGAUCUUUAUGCAAUUUUUUGCCAAUAACAUCCAGGUUCUAUGUGUUGGAGAGAUUCUUGCUGGAUUAUUGUGGGGAUGCUUUGUAGUUAUUGCACCCAGUUAUGCAUCUGAAGUCAGUCCUUUGGCACUUCGUGGUAUUUUGACUGCAUUCAUUAAUAUGGCAUUUGUUAUUGGCCAAUUUGUGGCUCAAGGUGUAGCCGCUGGUUUAGAGAGCCGAACUGAUAAAUGGGCUUAUAAGGCACCAUUUGCAAUUCAAUGGAUCUGGUGUUUGAUCUUGUUUGUUGGUCUACCGUUUGCUCCAGAGUCUCCUUGGUACUUGGUUCGUAAGGGGAGACGAGACGAAGCAAAGAAAGCUCUUCAAAGAUUGGCAUGGGACAAGGCCGGUGAUGGGGUUAGUUUGGAGAAGACUCUUAAUGUCAUUGAGCAAACAGAUCUUCUUGAAAGAGAACUGCACACUUCUUCGACCUAUAUGGACUGUUUCAAGGGCAGCAACUUGAGAAGAACUGAAAUCUGCUGCAUGGUCUAUCUUAUCCAAGUCAUUUGUGGUAAUCCAUUGAUGGGAUACUGCAACUAUUUCUUUAUCCAGGCAGGUCUAGAUAACCAGAAGGCAUUUUAUAUGGGUGUAGGAACUACAGCCAUUGGUUUUGUUGGAACUGCUCUUACCUGGGUAGUACUUAGUUACGCAGGACGUCGUACUAUUUUCAACUACGGGCUUUCUGUUAUGACUCUGCUUUUAUUUAUCAUUGCCAUUCUUGACUGUGCACCCUCAUAUUCCAGUAACCUUGGAUUCUCUUGGGCCCAAGCUAGUUUGCUCGAUGUGUGGACUUUUCUGUAUCAACUCACAGUUGGUCCCUUGACAUUCGUUAUCAUUGGUGAAAUUUCUUCAACUAAACUAGUAAGUAUCCUGUAG